AUGGGUUCGUGUCCAGUCAUCAUUGUUACUGGUGCCGCCGGAGGAAUUGGUUAUGAGACUGUUCGAAUUCUGCUUCAGGACCUGAACGCCAAAGUGGUGGCAACCGACUUAAAUGUCGACCGGUUGAAGGACCUGAAGAAUGAGUUUUCUCAGUCUUUGGAGAUCCAGGCGGCUGAUAUAGUCGAGUCUAGUACAGCCACAAUGCUAGUGACUACAGCUCUGAAAAGUUUCGGCAAGCUUGAUGGAAUCUGUUUGAUCGCAGGGGUCUUCGGCCCAUGUCUUCGGAUGGAAAACGCCAACGUAUCAGAGUGGGAAAAGGCCUUCCGCAUCAAUGUCUUCUCACACCUCCAUAUUUAUCGUGCUGCGAUUCCGGAGGUCCGAAAGACGAAGGGCCGUAUCGUCCUCGCCACUUCAGGAGCUGGGCAUGGCGCUCUAUUUUCCGGGUGGGGCUUUUACAGCAUGUCCAAGACAGCCGUCGCCUUUUCUGUCAGCCAGCUCAAGCUUGAGGAGCCCUCGAUCAUCACAGUGGGUGUGUCACCUGGGCUCUGUGACACGAAGAUGGUUCGAGAUUUGAUGAAAGGCCAGCACGUUGGCCAAACUGCCGAGGAUGUGGCUCAUUACAAUAGUUUUGUCGCAAAAAUUCCAAUGAUUACACCUCGCGUGGCAGGCAACGCCUUUGCGAGGACUGUUGUCAGUGCUGAUUCAAGCCUCAGCGGUGAAGUGGUUGACUACGAUGAUCACCGCCUUCCUCUUGACGAAGCCGCCAAGCGCGACACGAGCGAAAAUCGCAUCGGUAACAUGGACUAUACCAAGCUCACCACUUAG